GUUAAUGGCGUAUAUGUAAAUGAUUCAUAAAUGAAAUUCAUUAUCCAAUUUGGAUGCUCCGACACCUUUGCUUUAGCUCUGGACAUAGUAGAAAAUGUCACAACUGUGCACGUUUGUAUUGCUGUCCCUUUUUGGAGUUGGCCUAGCAAGCUUUAACUGCUUGAACCCCGGCUAUGACUGCAAGAACAAUGGCCUGUGUGACUAUUUUGGCCGCUGUAAAUGUCCCCAGGGAUACCAAGGUUACGAUUGUGGACUAGAUUCCUCCACCAUCUCCAGUUCUGCAGAUUGUCGGGCAACAUGUGUCAAUAAGGGGAUCUGCCACAGCAACACUGUGUGUUACUGCACCGACGACUUUGUGGGGCCACAAUGUGAAGUCCCAGUCCUUAGUGCCCAGUGUGGACUCAACACGGUCAAAGUUCAAGGUUAUCAGCCACUGACCUUCCGUGGCGAAAUGUACCUUAAGCAGAGCAUGUUUAGCUGUCAGCUAAGGGAAAUGGUUUCCGAUAUUCCGGGAAUGAGACUCUUUGAAUUGGAAAUCCCACAUCGGGCUAUCACACCCUGCGCCCUGACAAAAACUCAAAACAAUGAGACUGGGGACACGAUAUAUGAGGUAGAGGUCGCUACCGCCCACAACAAGGGGUUCUUCAGCAUGUCUGACACUGUGCAUUCUGUCAACUGUGUCUACGAAGCCAGGCGCAUUGGAGAAAACCCGAAGGAUGUUACCAAGGCCAUGAACCCGUUCAAAGUGACGCUUAUGAACGACAAUAAUGAACCACUUCAGCAGGUUCAGCGCGGGGAUCCCUAUUUCUUCAAUGUUGAAAGUAGCGGUAAAUUCCCAGAUAUGAAAGGUACUCGAUUGAGUUAUCUGGAAGCUUAUUCCGUUGACCAACAGACAGGGAAUGUGAAAUCUGUAAAACUAAUAGAAGACGAGUGCCCGGUAAGAAGUACAAUCACAGAUUACGCAGUAUCCAUCUCCAAUGAAGAGAAUUCCAGGGCCGGUUUCUUCAUAGGAAGGGGGAAAAUCGAGAGCUUUAACAUUCUAGACCAAGAUCCAAUCCGUUUGGACUACCGUGCCAAAAUCUGUAAAGGCCAAUGCAGACAGGCUGUGUGUAAUUCUCCUACACCCAUGCGAAUACCAAGAAAGACACCAUUCGAGCAUUUGAUGAACCCUAUUGACAUUGUGUAAUUGUGUACCCUUGCAAUUCUGUUAUUCCAAACUUCAUACUCAUAAACUCUGUACCCAGGAAUGAGCCAGAAGGCUUUUUUCCCCUUUGUUACUAUCAAGUCGUGUGGAAAUAAAAAUUCUAAUUUGUUUGAAUAACGUUUCAUUUAGUAAACUACAAACAAAGAAUUUAUAAUUGAAUGUCUGCUUAAUAAACAACUUAUUGUGGUUCUAUAUACUUGAACAAAAUAUGUGGUAUAGGUUUAAACAAUGUUGUGAAUGUUUCUAAAUAUUUUUAAAAGUGGGAUACACGCAUCAAUUCAUUUUAAUACUAAUAGUGAUUUGCAUGCGAUUAAUAUAAGUGAGUGUUGGAAAAUACAAUUCCAUCUCUUAAUUCUAGAUCUAUUGGUAUAUAUAUGUUUCCUCUCUGGUCGUUAUAAACUGGUUUUUGUUUUGUUACAUGUCACCAGUGAUUUUUUCCUCGCUUUUUCUUUACAUUAUUUUUACGCAUGUUUCGCAAGAAUGCCACACAAUAGCAAUAAAUUACUGUGUUUCCAC